AUAUUCAAAGAGCGUCUGUCUGCCCCGCUGCAAUAAAGGCAGAUAGCGGACCAUGGGGAGCAGGGGAAAACUUUCUAUACUGACAUGUUAGCGCAAUGACUUUUUGAGUAACAUCUAACUGGGACGAGGCUCCCGGCGUGAGGAGGACAGGGCCCCUUUUACGGGAAGAAUUUAAAAAAAAAAAAAAAAAAAAAAAAAAAAAGGAGCACUUGCCAUCUGCCGGGGGAACGAAAAAAGCAAAGACGGUUAAAAGAGUUGAGAGCAGUCCAACAAACAGCGGUGGAAAAUCCAGUUUGAGUUGAAAGAUGAGCUUGUUGUCUGCCAUAGACACGAGUGCCUCCGUGUACCAGCCUGCGCAACUUCUCAACUGGGUCUAUCUUUCAUUACAAGACCCUCACCAGACCAGCGCCUUUGACGCGUUCAGACCCGAACCCAACUCUUCCCACCCGGAUCUCAGCUUCAGCAAGACUCCCGCAGCGACGGACCUGAGCUCUUCCCUGAACUCCAACUAUCUCAACAACUUCUUUCAGCUGCAGCGAAAUGAGGCCUUAAACAACAACGUGUAUAAGAAUGUGUCGCCCUAUGGCUCCCUGAACAACAUUGUGGAUGGACUCAACUCCCUGACGGACCAUUUCUCAGACCUUUCCCUUUCUUCAGAGCCAAGGAAACCCAACAAAAGACCCCCACCCAACUAUUUGUGCCACCUGUGCUUCAACAAGGGCCAUUACAUCAAAGACUGCCCUCAGGCCAGACCCAAAGGUGAAGGACUGACACCCUACCAGGGGAAGAAGAGAUGCUUUGGAGAGUACAAAUGCCCCAAGUGUAAAAGGAAGUGGAUGAGCGGCAACUCCUGGGCCAACAUGGGACAAGAAUGUAUCAAAUGCCACAUCAAUGUCUAUCCACACAAACAGCGGCCUUUAGAGAAACCGGACGGCCUGGAUGUGUCUGACCAGAGUAAGGAGCACCCACAACACCUGUGUGAGAAAUGUAAAGUCCUGGGCUACUACUGCCGCCGUGUGCAAUAAUCAUCUUUAUCCAGAGGCUGAGAGCAACAUUUGGGUCCCAAGUAUCGCUCAUCCACCAUCGAGGCUUUUCACAUCUUCCCUACCCAGUACACAUCCAGGUUUUUUUGUUUUUUUCCUCACCCAUGUCCUGCACAUGACAUGGAGUCCUUUCCUCCUCACGUCUUCUCAGAAGCCUCCAACAUAGAGUAGCUCUAAUCCUUUUUUUUUUCCCGAAGCCUUUCCUCUCUACCGCAGCAAUGAAACCAUCAUAGAACACAGAUUUCAUUUCUUUUUCUUUGACAGUAUUGAAGAUUACAUCCAGGAAUGAGAGGAAUGCUUAGGAUCAAUCUUAUCUCUCAAAGUAGUCUUCAACAAAAAAAAAAAUUGCCAAACUUUUUUUUUUUUUUGUAUGCCUUGUGUAUCAGAAACCACAUAACCCAAUUGAUCCAACUCAGUGUUUAACAACAGCAAUUUGUUGUAUUGAUGAUUUAGCACCAGGCUUGUAUUUCAUCGGUGUUUGCUGACAAUAUCGGUCUCAAUAGAUUACCUCACCUUGGGGUUUGUUGGCUUUGUGUUUACAGAGAUCUGCUUUCCAUUUCCCCGCCAAGUGAAGUGUGUGGCGAUGUGAUGAACGUUUAACCGGGGGCCUCUCAUGAUGGUAUACGAGGCCUUUUGAUGUCUUGCCGUAUUAGGGUCAACAGCACAUCUUAUUAACUGUGAAUUAACUGAGGGAUAAUGUGCCAUACAUCCCUAGCUUACAUUUGGCCUAUUUAUUUUCUUGUUGUCAAGUGUGCAAUUUGAAUUUUAACUGGGACAUAAAGAAAUAUUUUUUUUUUUGUAUGUUUGUAUAUCACAAUAUUGUGUAACUGCUUCCACGUGUCUUUAGAAACUACUGUAGGUUCAGUUGUGUAGUCGCUCCUCGGCUAGAUUUAGUGCAUUGCUAACAUAAGGAUUCAUUCAUCCUCCCUAGAGUAUUUUUGUUACCACACAAAUUUUCAUUUAUCUGCAGUGUUAGAUAGAUAUAAAUGCUAGAUUAGUAAACUGUGUUGCUGUAAUUUCAAAGCAAAAGAAGGGUCAACAGAGAAGAAGCUGUAGGAACGGCUUCAGUAACAGUAACAUGUCGCCACACGUGUUCUCGUCCGUGUUGAAGAUUCUAUUUUUCAGAGCGGUUGAAAAUCUUGAACUGCUUGCCACAGUUCGAUUAGCCUUAUUAAAUGUUAUUUGACAGUUAAACUGUUCACCUAAAGCCUGAUAAGAUUUUAAAACACCAGUUUGUAAAAUACAAAUGAGAUGUUUGAACGAGAUUCAGAAAGACGUUAAAAGUUUUAGUGCCAAUUGAUGCCUGGCAGCCUUAGUGGAGUCAGUGAAGCAAAAUGGAACUUUUCCAAGGGUUUGCACCCUUCAAAAACUAUGUCCGCUAAUUGCAGUGAAAAGAGUGUCUAGAGGGAGGUGAAGCUUUGGAGAACUGCAAUGAUUUUUCAGGUUGGUUCAGAGAAAGAACACGAUUUGAUAUAGAAGGGAUGAUUUGCGACGUGGUGAUGCUGAAGAUUUGUGGAUAUAUUGAAAGUGAUUGUGAUUUAAGUUUACACUUGCAUUCGUAUUUUAUGGGGCCUACAAGCAUAGAUCAUGUCUUUAAAGGAAGAGAAGUACCCAUUGUGUUUACAUACGUCACUGUGCAGAUCGAAAGCACGACAGAGGAAAUUAAUCUAGCUCUCGCUUAAAGAAACCUGCCUUCCAAGGAUCCUUGUUAUAGGAAUUGUGAACUAUUUUAUAUGUACUGUAUUUAUAGCCUUACAAAAGCUGGUCCACUAUAUUUUAUACUUCAACAUACUGUAUGUGCCUUAAAAAGAUUUCAAUUCUCGAGACUAAGACGACAUUUGACAUUUGGAAAAGACGUGGAUUUAGGCUCAGAGGUGGAGCAGUAGACAGUAUACAGCAGAAGGUACACCCCUGUGCACAAUCACUUCAAUUUCAAAUGAUUUCAAACUGUAUCACCGAGAAAUAAUUGCAUUAUUUCUAAGAUUGCAUGUAGAGUGUUUCUUCUUGUGAAAUGUGACACAGAAAAAGUAUAUUGAAAAUACAAGCCACAAGGUAGAAGCUCAGUGCAAUAAAAGUGAAUACACCUGUGAUAACUGACACACAAGUUAAAAACAAAAAACUGAAACAAAGUUGAGUAAUUUCCAGUUAGCCUGAUAGCAAGAACACAUUUAUAAAAAUGAUGUGUCUGCACCAUGGCUCCACUAUGAUAAGAAUUGCCAGAGGAGUUUAAAAAAACAUGAUAAAUAUGGAAAGAUCAGCCAGCAUUCCAUUGGCUACCAACUAAUGAUCAGUGGGAAACCAGUUGCAGCAGUAAUCUAGGGGGUAUAGAAGGAGCCAUAGCACCAGUAAUCAAUGUGGUUAUCAAUGGAAAUUAGCAACUCUUUGACUGCCCAGACAGGGUGAAGAACUCUGCAUAAAGAUAACAUCUAUGGAAGAAAACAUUUGCUUGCUUUUCAGCACUAAACUAAAAAAAUGUAUGAAAAGAAGCCUGAUGAAUAGUGGGAGUUCUCUGGUCAAAUGAGAACCAAGAUAACUUCUGGGAGCUGAGAGGUAUUCACAAGGGCUACGACAGUGAAUAGUCCUGGCAGUGAAGCACAAAGUGGAGCAAGUGUGAUUAUUUGGGGCUGCAAGGUGUUGGGAACAUGAGAUUCAUAAAUGGCACCACGAAUGCCUGUGAUUAUGCCAAAACACUGGCUGCUGAGAUGACGUCCAGCCUCCAGAAGAUUGGCAGAAGAGGAAUAGUUAGGCACGAUAACAUUUCAAAACUCCUGGCCAAGUAUGUCACUAAACUUAAAUCCAAUAGAAAACUUUGGGGUGUUUUAAAGAGAAAGGUAGAGCAACACAACCCCAUCAGCAAAGAGCAACGUUUUUACAGAAAUGUGGGUAACUCAGAAGUCAUGCAAUUAUGCAGCGGUGAUACAAUUUUGAAUCACUUCGGUGGCGUCACGCUUGGGUGUUCUGUUGUAUACUCGAUGUGCAUGUGUAACUGUGAUGCAUAGCAAGUUUGACGUAGGUUCAGGUUGUGACAAGGGACAAGAAAACGAUAAAGCUCCUCUAUUUGCGGUUGAACUGGCAUGGUGGGUGUUCGCUUCAACGCAGUUUGCUGAGUUGGAGGCAUGGGCUGAACCAGCAUUUCCAGCUGGCAAUAACAAUCCUACUGUGGUCUGUUGUCAUGGAAUAUCAACAAAGAUGUUAUUUCUUAGUCGAUCCUCACAACACAAUGAAGUUGCAUAUGAAACUGUGGACCUCACUCUUUGUUUUGUUAUCUGUUGUAGUUAUGUUUAUCCAAGAAACCGUGGGUUUUGUCAAAAAAUAUACAUGGUUACUUGCUAUGGUGGGAGUGGAUGAUAAUGGUACAUUACAGUGUGGGGAAAUUUAAUUAAAUUCCAUCUGUAAAGUUAAAAGGGCACUCCGGUGAUUUAGUAUUGCAGUUCCACAAAGUUGGGAGGCUUGCAAGAGACACUAAAGAAUAGUUCAUGCAGCUGAGGCUGACAUAUUUUCACUUUUAGUCGUUAGUAUGGCUCAAGCUCCAAAAAUGCAGUUCUGAUAAUGCCACUCAAAGCAUCUUUCAGUCAAUCGCCUGGAAAAAGGACGACAAUUUCAAAACUCUGCACCAACAGAUCGUAAUACAUAUUUUUUAAAAAUGUGUCUCUAAGCCUGAGUUGAGUUAUAUUCUCUGUGGUGGUAAACUGAACAUCGUAAGCAAAACUGAUCGAGUGUCCCUUUCAAGGAAAGACUGUGCAUCUAUACUAAUCUGAAUUAAAGCUUCUCCUUAUUGGCCGCCACUGUUGGGAACAAUCCAUUUUUUUUUUUCUUACUGUUAUCGUCUUUCUUAUGCUCCGUGUGAUGACACUAACCUGACAGGUCUUUCAGAACCUUAUUGUCCACGUCGUACCGUGUGGACGUAGUGAAAGGAAUAGAUACCAAUGAUGCCUUAUGAACUAACCUCAUAAUCAAAUAACAGUGUUAUUGUGAUUCACAGAGUUCUGGCAGAACAUAAAUGACAUGUAGGUCUCGAGAAAUCUUAUCAGAGAGUUUGAUUCCGCCCAGAGACAUGUUAUGAGGAGGCCAUUUAAAAUGGCGAAUCAAGAGCCAAUGGAAGCAGCUGAUACAAUACAUUUGAAAAAAAAAAAAAAGAAAUCUCUGCUUUCAGACGUAGUGUCUUGAAUUACAUAUACUUGACUUUUCUAGUACCUUUUCAGUUCAAAAUUGUUAUUUUCUAUGAACGAGAUGUGUAUUUUGGAACACUUAAUAGAUGUUGAAAUUUUUAAAGCAAUCUGCAAAAACUCAAGAGUUAUUUCCCUGACAAAGAUAGAUUAUUUUAUGUAUAUAUUUGAUGGCCAUCAUUUUCAAUGAUAGUAGCUCUUUUGAAGUGUUAAGCAAUAUCAAAGCUUUUUUUGUGUGAAGAAGGGCCUAUUGCUGAGAAAUAAUCAAAGCUGGGAGUUUUUUUUUUCUCUUUUUUUCUUUAUGUUUUACAAUAAUCUGAAGGGUUAUCCUGCAGAAAUAUUUAUGGAAAGACUUUUUACAACACUUUUUGUAUAGAAUAUGCAACAAAGUUACACUAAGAAGGAAAUAUUGAUGUCUACAUAGAAUAUUAUUAAAAAAAAAAGAAGCUGGUACAUAAUUAAUAACCUUUCUCAAUUAUAAGCCAUUGUUAUUUUUGUGUUUUGUUCUACGAUGUUAUCAGUUUUGAAUAACCCAACGUUAUUCAGUUGCUAUGUGACUAAUUAUGAGCUGACAUUUACAUCCAUACGGCCGCAUGUAUUCGUUUUGUAAACAAUAUUAUGAAGAUAUAUUGUGUUAACAUGCAGAAAUCUUUUUUUUUUUUCUUAAUUAGUGAUGGAUACUCACCACUGUAUAAGCACAUUAAACUGUGAGAUGUAGUUUGCUUAAAGCAGCGAUGACAAGAAACUAUUAUAAAACGUUACGGUGUUAUUCGUAGUUUAGGGAGUGUAUACUUUUGUCAAGAAAGCGUGUGUGACAAAGAACUAUUUUAGAGUUUGCAUGUGCAUGUGUUUGGUUUUGAAUGAAAUAUUACUUUGUGCAAUGUAUACUUAUUUAAAUACUUUACAGUAGUUUGCUACAGUACAUAUUGUUUUUAACAUUAUAAGCAACUUCUGAUUGUUAUUAGUCCCGAAGUAUUUCAUUUACCGCAAAUGUAGCCUCUGCAGAUAAUACGUAUUUACUGAAUGUAAUGUGUUAACACUUAUGUGGUCAAGUUGGAAAGUUAUGUUUGUAUUCUUUGCUGUCUGUAUCACUUGAGAUGUUUGUCAUGCAGUAUUGCAAUAAUGUAAUAUUUGAAUUGGACAGAACGCAGGCGUGAGGUUGGGAAGACAAUGAUUCUGGGAAACAAGGACAGUGGUGGUUUCGAGAGUCGACCACAGGUCUGUUUUUCAUGUCCAUGAAACGGCAUUCCAAAAUGUGCCUUAUUUGUUAGUUGGGAAAACAUUUUAGUGCUUUAGUGCUGUUGAGAGUUUGAUGAAUAAAAGUCAUAUUGAAUUAA